CCCACCCCACUCCCCCAAUGCACAAGAUAUCAAACUUCACGGGCUCGGCCCGGCACGGCUGGGAGAAGAUGGCCCCCUCAACCGGCUUCCCGUUCUCGAGGUCAAACCACGACCUGCCCGUCACAGCAGCUCCUAUAAAGCGGCCCUCGACAGCCACUUCGGCCCCGCCCGUCAUCCCGCCUGGCACCCAGGUCAACCUGUCGUUCAAUGUCCCCUUUUCGUCGAAUCUCGCUGGCCCGGACCCCGACGACAUCAUGUGGGCGAGUCCUGGGGCAAAGGCACGAUGGAGCCAUCCGGAAGGCACGGCAGAGGCCACGCCCACGCACAAGCUGCCCGUACACGCCCAGAACGUCGAAAACCUGCGCAACUUGUGUCGGGACGUGAGCGACUCAACAGAGGGACGCGUCUCGGCCACGGUCACGUCCGCCGAAUCGAAGCCGCUACCCGGUCUGCAGCGAGGGCCUUUGCGCGCCCUGGUGACGAAUGUGUGCCUGUCGGGCGAGCUGGAGAUUGUAAACUCGAUGCGGUGUAAGAUACUGAAUUCGACGCCCAUUUCUCUGCGCUCCUCGUUUGUCGAUAUUGACUCGCAGCUCAUCAUUGACCCGCCCUCGCAGAAUGUCAAGGGUGCCGUGCUCAAUCAGCUCGACCUCAUCUCCAAGACGACCAAAGCUGACAUUUUCUUGUUGAUGCCCAAGCAGCCCGACAUCGAGACGGCCAGCUUUCAUGGCAACAUCGACUCGGGAAUGGACCCGCGCCUGCGCUGCGCCAUCUACGGAGACCUCGAGACCAUGGAACACGCAAAGACGCGCGUGCUCAUCAUGAUUGACCAGAUCCUCAAACGAUACGUCGAUACCAUGAAGCUCGAGCUGACCAUGCAUACGUUGAUUUGUGGGCGCGGGCGUAAGAACAUCAAGAUGAUCGAGUCUGCCACAGGCACCGCCAUCUACUUUCCUCCGCCAUUUCCUCGCUUGUUUGGGUACACGCCCAACGGCGCUCAGCGGAGACCCGAUGACCUCGUCUAUAUCACUGGGGAGAACUCUGAAUGCAUUCUUCGCGCCAAGCAGCGCCUGCAUGAUCUUGUCAUGUCGACCAAAGUCUUCGUGAAGCCUGUCAUGGUGACUGACACCAAGCUUGACGCCAUCCUGCUCGAACGUCUGGACAAGGUGCGCAAGAUUAUUGAGAACAAUGGCUCCUAUAUAUUGCUGCCACCUCUUGGCGUCCAGCGAGGCGUUGUCCGAGUCCAGGGCACUGAUGUCUUGCACGUCGAGCGCACGGUGCGCGAGUUGAUGCAGCUCGCUGGCCAAUUCUACAGUGCCUCGUGGUUCAUCACUCACCCUGAUCCCACACAGCGUCCCCCUACUUCAGCUGAUGUUCGCGCCAUGCUCUCCGAUAUUUGCAUCAACUCUGGCGCUGAAGUCAGCUUCGAAAAGCUCAAUUUCCACAUCUACGGAUCCGACGACGCUGUUAGGGCGGCACUAAUGGUCAUUAGCAACAUUCCCUUCGUGAAGAAGUCGCAGUACAACAUGAGCGUCAAAAUCGAGCUUGCCAACGAGCACAAGGAGUUUGUCAGCGGUAAGAAGAAUGGCAAGAUCAACAAGAUCAUGAGCCACAGUAGUGUGCAAAUCGUCUUUGAUGGUUUCAACGAAUACAACUUCUACAUUGUAGUCCGUGGCGCCCAAUACGAGGCUACGAAGAAUGGCCUCGACCUUGUUGAGCAAGAGAUGCCUGCCUCGAUCUCUUUCCAUGUCCCCGACCAGUACCAUAAGCGCAUUAUCGGUAUCGGGGGCCAGCACAUUCAACGUAUCAUGAAGAAGUACUCUGUCUUCGUCAAGUUCUCCAAUGCCAUGGACCGAGGCGGGUUCGGCAAAGAGGAAGAUGAUAUCAAGGUCGAUAACGUCAUCUGCCGCACGCCUGCUCGGAAUGCUCAGAAUCUAGACUUGGUCAAGCAAGAGAUCAUGGACAUGGUUGAAAAAGCCGACGCAGAGUUUGUGUCUGAGACCAUCAACAUUAACCGCUUGUAUCACCGUGAGCUCAUUGCUCGCUUAGACAAGAUUGACGAACUGGAGAAGAAGUUCAACUGCAAGAUUACCUUCCCCAGCACCGAGGAAGCGAGCGACACCGUUACUGUCUCUGGCCCUGAAUACCAGGUGCCAUUGGCAGUCGAUGAGUUCCUGGGCAUGGUACCAGAGUCUCAUGACUUGGCAUUCCCGGCUACCACCGAUCUUAGCGAGCACAUACGCUCCCCCGAGUUCACGGCUGACAUUCUUGAGAAGCUCAAAACUCAGCAUGUAGUCGACGCGCAGCUCCAGGACGCGCAAACCGACACCAUCGAUGGCAAGGAAGAGCAGAUCGAAUCCUUCCAUCUCGUGUUCACCAGGAACAAUGCAGGUGGAUUAAAGGACGCCAUUGAUUUUCUGCUCAACCACCUAGUCAUGCACGGCUUAGACACGAACACCGUCCGCGGUGCUCUCCCUCGCCCCAAAUCUGACUCGUUCGAAGACUCUUUGCCAUUCUUCGAAUCCAAGUUGCUCCAGCGAGCUGAGCCUGCCGUUGACAGCACCGACUCUCCCACUCGCUCCCACUUUGGUGAUGACGAGCCUCGUGGCAUGCUUGACCGGCUUCGCAAGCCUGGCAGCAUGGCGUCAUUCACGUCCAUUUUCAACGGACGUAAAAACACCAACUCUCCAGGAUCGCUCUUCAAGCAUGCUUCGAGCAAUGCUUCCAAGGCAUCCCUUGCUAGUCUCGAAUCCACGGGUAGCUACCGCAACCCUUGGAACGAUAGCGGCAUUAACCUCGCCGACGACGAGCACCAUACCAAUGGUUGGCCUAUGCCAACCCCGCGCUUUGAAUCCAAGUUUCCUUUUGGUUCCUCUUCAGCGGCGUCUGGGGACGUAACCCCCAGGUACGACCCGCGGGGCUCCGUGGACAGCGGCCGCCCCAGUACUUCUCAUUCUGCAUCUGGAUACCCGGCUCCUAUUGGGCCUCCUCGUUAAAUGAUACCAUACUACUACUAUACUAUAACCGGCUUUACGAAGAAUACCCCGCCACGCCUGCGCUUGUGUCCCAUCUCGGUACCUCAUGCGCGCGCUCUUUAGGCGACGAGAAAAGAAUUAUACCCCUUUUACUAUACGGCGAAUACGUAAAAGCCCUGUUUGGCUGGUUGUUGUUGUUUUGCGCUUGCUGCGGUUCUUGUUUUCUGUACGAGAUUUCUGUUCUUGUUUUGGGGCGUUGUGGAAUUCUGAAUGAUUCCCCCUUGGUGCAAAAAGAAAUAUACCAAUUUGCUGCUUUGUGGAUUUCUGAUGUUUUGCUGCGUUAUGUUUCUGGGUGCAAGAUGGAUGGAUGAUACCCCCGCUGCCGUGGUGAGACGGAAUUAAGUGGGCUAUGGCUGGUCUGCGGCAGUUACAGGGUCUCAGAAAGAUGCGUGUGCGCGACGGCCUCACUCUCCGCCC